UUAUUUUAGUGAUUGUCGUCUGUGAUUUCGUUUUAGUUUUGUUUUGGUUGCGCCUAAGAUUGUGCGACUAGGCGAGCAAAUAAUAUAAAGAAGAAAUUUCAAAACUUUUGACCAAGGUCUUGUCAUUGAUUGUUGCAUUUGAUCAGCUUUACAAGAAUGCGUUUCCAUCAGGGCCUAAUGCAAAUGCGCAGAUAUGCGACUGCCGUUACCCUUCGGCAAUUUGCGCAGGCACACACACACGCCAGCACACGCACAAGCACACAGACGACGGUGGUGCGAACACUGGCAAGCAGCGCAUCGCCGCUGCCGGAACUGACACAGAUCUCGGACAACGUACAGCGCGGCAAUUACGCCCAGCUCAAUGAUAAGGAUGUAUCACACUUUGAGCAGCUGCUGGGCAAGAAUUAUGUGCUCACCGAGGAUCUGGAGGGCUAUAACAUAUGCUUUCUGAAGCGCAUACGAGGCAAUAGCAAGCUGGUGCUAAAGCCCGGCAACACCCAGGAGGUGGCCGCCAUAUUGCGCUACUGCAACGAGCGGCGGUUGGCGGUGGUGCCGCAGGGUGGCAACACGGGUCUGGUUGGCGGCUCGGUGCCCAUUUGCGACGAGAUUGUGUUGUCCAUGCAGCGCCUGAAUAAGGUGCUCUCUGUCGAUGAGGUGACGGGCAUUGCCAUCGUUGAGGCCGGUUGCAUUUUGGAGAAUUUCGAUCAGCGCGCCCGCGACGUGGGUCUAACGGUGCCGCUCGAUCUGGGCGCCAAGGCCAGCUGCCACAUCGGUGGCAAUGUGUCCACAAACGCCGGCGGCGUUCGCGUCGUGCGCUACGGCAAUUUGCACGGCUCCGUUCUGGGCGUCGAAGCGGUUCUGGCCAAUGGUCAGGUGCUCGACCUGAUGUCAAAUUUCAAGAAGGACAACACGGGCUACCACAUGAAACACCUGUUCAUUGGCUCCGAGGGCACACUGGGCGUGGUCACCAAGCUGGCGAUGCUCUGUCCGCAUGUCUCAAAGGCCGUCAACGUCGCCUUCAUUGGACUCAAUUCCUUUGACGAUGUCCUCAAGACGUUUGUCAGCGCCAAGCGCAAUCUGGGCGAGAUUCUUAGCUCCUGCGAACUCAUCGAUCAGCUUGCCCUCAACACGGCGCUACAGCAGUUCAAGUUUCUUAAUUCACCCAUCUCUGGCUAUCCGUUCUACAUGCUGAUCGAGACUUCGGGCAGCAAUGGCGAUCAUGACGAGGAGAAGAUCAAUCAAUUCAUUAGCCAGGGCAUGGAGCGUGGCGAAAUUUUGGAUGGUACCGUUACCGGCGAGCCCGGAAAAGUGCAGGAAAUUUGGAAGAUCCGUGAAAUGGUGCCACUGGGCCUGAUCGAGAAGAGUUUCUGCUUCAAAUACGAUAUAUCAUUGCCGCUGCGCGAUUUCUAUAACAUCGUGGACGUGAUGCGAGAGCGCUGCGGCCCCUUGGCCACGAUCGUUUGCGGCUAUGGCCAUCUGGGCGAUUCGAAUCUGCAUUUGAAUGUGUCCUGCGAUCAGUUCAAUGAUGAAAUCUACAAACGCGUCGAGCCGUUCGUUUACGAAUACACCUCAAAGCUGAAGGGCAGCAUCAGUGCCGAGCAUGGCAUCGGCUUUCUCAAAAAGGACUAUUUGCAUUACUCCAAGGAUCCGGUGGCCAUCAACUGGAUGCGCGACAUGAAGAAAAUGUUCGAUCCCAACGGCAUACUGAAUCCCUACAAAAUGCUUAACUAAAUGCAGUUCGUAAUAAUCCCGAAAUUUUUUUUUUGUCUAUUCUA